AUGGUAUACUGCGCGGCGUUCGAUUGUAACAACGACUCGAGGUACACAACUGGUAUAUCCUACCAUUGCUUUCCGAGGGAUGAAGCUCUACGAUCACAGUGGCUGGAAAAGAUCUCACGAGCGGAUCUGGUCGUUUCGAAAAACUCCAGGCUGUGCUCAGAACAUUUUAUCCCUGACUGCUACGAACGAGACUUGAAAGCAGAAAUUCUUGGUUUGAAACCCAGAUCUACGCUAAAACCAGGUGCAAUACCCACGGUUUUUUCGCAUAGGAGACCAUCAAAAAGACCUCGACUUUCAUCGGAGAAACGUUCAGAGGAGAAAGUCAGAAAAGAAGUAAGUGAAUCGCGAAUUACUCUCUUGUAACUGGGUUGGGUUGUUGCAAAGCUUGGGUUGUUGCAAACUCUUGAAGCUGCUCAUCAUUUAUGCAUGAUUGAUAAAAAAAAAUUAAAAGGUGAACGCAGUUUGAGGGCAAUAACAAUUUAUAUCUUAAGGGAUAUCACCCGAAUAGGUUCCAUUGAGAAACAUUAAAUUUUCACAAAAAAGUAUUUCUUCUCCUUACGCAAAACAAUAUCCUGCCAUGGAAUUCCUUCUAGUUUCAUGUUUUUUUUUCUGAGUAAUCUUUGUACUUCGUCUCUCCUGAAAAUUUUUGACCAAUAGGUAAACAAAAUUAAAUUGUUUCAGAAUAAAGUGAUUAUUCUUUAAUUCUAGGAACAUUAUACCUGUCCCUUGUUAACUAGCAGGUGAACAAAAUUAGUACAAAUAGACUAUAUAUAAGUUGUGGAUAUUAUUCUUUAAAUAAUGAAUUCUUUUAACCUUCUUUACUUCUAUGUGAAUAAAAAACUUAAUACAACUGGAAAUUCUAAGUUGAAACCAGUGCAGGCUUUCAACCAAAGGAGGGCAGGGUCAGGUGUUAUAUUUUCCAAGAAAAUCCCAUUGAAUCAUUGUGUAACCAUAUAGUAGCAUAGUUUAUCCCCCAUACCUAAAUUUUUUAUUCUCUCAAAGGGUCACUAACCCAUACCAUAACAGAGUUAAUAUUUUUUCUGUUAUAGUAUAUAGCCUCUAUCACUGCACAACCUAGUUGUGGAAUCGAAGAACAUGCAGCUUCAGCUUUAGAACAGCCUGCACCUGUUGAUGUAGUGAAUUGUGGAGCAAGUACAUCAACCUCAGACAGCCCAUUAUAUCCAUUCCCACAUGAUUUAGGGCCUAAAAGCACGUUGGUUGAGUCACAAGCAGUGCAGGUGAAUUUGCCAAACAAGGGUGUGGAUUUUGGGAUCCAAGUCAAUCUUCGUGGUCUCCAUUUAAUGAUGAAAUCUACUGACACCCAAGUCGAGGUUGAUGUUUCAGAAAGCAGCACCCAGACUGAAGAGGUAUUCCUUCCUGAAAUUGAAGAUAACAAAGAAGAAGCAACUGAAGCUGCUGCUUCCCCAGAAGUCUCUCCAAGAAAAGAUAGCAUCUACCUUCCCACAAAACAGGAAGAUUCAGAUGAUUCAAACUUGUCAGGAUCAGACAACGAACACCAAGGGGAAACAAAAUGCGAAAAGCCACAGGAUGAUACCAAAUACAUUGUAUUUAAACAAGAGCUAUUUAAAUUGUUUAAGUACUGUCCUGAGUGUGGUGCAGUUGUGAUUAAGAGGAACCAAUCCACACAAGGAAGCCAACUAUUUGUCACCCUAGAAUGUAUGAAUAAUCAUAAGUACUCCUGGCAAAGCCAGCCAAUGCUUGAGGGGAUGGCAGCUGGAAAUUUGUUGCUGUCAUCAUCUAUUUUGCUCAGUGGCUCUACCUUUACAAAAGUAGCAUCUUUGGCAGAUAUCUUAAAUUUGAAAAUUUUCAGUGAGAAAACAUUUUAUAAUAUUCAAAACAAGUACUUAUUACCUGUAAUCAAUGAGUUCUGGCUUAAAGAACAAAAUUCCACUUUUUCUGAGCUAGGGGGGCGAGAUCUGUGGCUUUCAGGGGAUGGGCGUUGUGACAGUCCUGGCCAUAAUGCAAAAUAUGGGACAUAUACCAUGAUUGAUCAGAAAACUGAUAAGAUUGUUGACUUCAAGGUUGUUCAGGUCAGUGAAGUAAACAAUAGCAAUGCCAUGGAAAGAGAGGGUUUUAAACACUGUAUGGAAAACAUCAAUGAAAAAGGGGGGGAAAAUUAUGGUUGUUGCAACUGA